AUUCCCGAACCUGGAGUGGCGGAGAUAGCUGGCAAGCGUCCCAGGGAGUUCUAUUUUUUUGUGAAGGACAGGGCGCCCUGGAAUGAGAGGAAAGCGUUGCGGUUCCGGCAGCGUAAUGUUACCGCUAGAAUGAGACCCAAGUGGACAUCCCCUCAGGUCACCCGUUUUGUUCUGUGACUUUGCAGCAUUUCUCUCAUGCACUUUGUUUUUGGUGUUUGUGUGCGUUUUUGACAUUUGCAGGAUUGUCCCGUUGCAUUUAUUUUGUGGUGUUUCUGGGGUUUUUUAAUCAUUUUUGCAGGUUUACCCCUAUCAGCCUCCGUACUUGUGCCAUCUUAAAGGACAUGUUGACCUUCAACUCCUUAUAAUGUCAUCAAAUUUUGCAGAAAACGGCUGGACUGCAUCAUCAAAAUGCAUUAAAUCUCUAUCCUAGGCCACACUAGAUCGUUUCUAUCUCAUAUCAUAUAUAUCGAAUAAUCCUACAUUUCGCUGUAUUGUAGUUGCUAUUGGAGUACCCAGCAUGCCUUGCAGGCGCUUUGUGAAUAACAGCUGAAAGUGUUUGUGGUAGCGCUUAGUGGUAGUUACCCACAUAGACUGGUAGUUGAUUGUUGUUGUUGUAAAUUAAUUUAUGGGCACAGAGACAGCGUCCUGUACGACUCAUUUGACUUACAGUCGUACUUGUUUAUAGCGGUUAAUUGGGACCAGACCCGACCGCGACAUAGGAUUCAAUGUUAAUAAAUUGAAUAUUUUUGUCGUUAGAGCAUAGAAAACCUGUUUAUGACUUUCCAAAUAUGCUUUUUAACAUUAUUAGAGCCCUGUAGACAUGAAAUAACACCCCUAUAGUCACCUUUAUACUCCUAUUAUUCAUUGUUUACAACACGUUGCGCAUCUCCUAUGCUGCAGGGACUCGAGAUGGCACUAGCUAGUGAGCUAACAAGCUGGCAACAAGUAGGGUUGUGAACGAUAAACCGAUGUGACCGGAUUUCCGAUUUGACGAGCCUCCUGGAUCGAUGGGAAUCAGCUAUGAAUCCUUAGAUGAAUGGAUUGUAGAGACGUGCACCAGGUAUCGCAAACGAGCACCCGGUUGACAGCCCGUCUCUUAAACAACGGGUGCGUCAUGGCCUUGAAAAGGAGAAGGGCGACAUCCCCCUCGAGCAGCGUGAGUGGAGGAGAUUUUGACGACAGCCAGGCUUCCUCGCUCGUGUCGUCAAGUGGCAGAAAGCGGAGAAGGACGUCAAACAUUCCGACCGUGGACCCUAUCGCCGUGUGCCACGAACUGUACAACACAGUCAGAGACUACAAGGACGACCAAGGGAGGAUGCUGUGUGAGCUCUUCAUCAGAGCCCCGAAACGAAGGAACCAGCCAGACUAUUACCACGUGGUGUCUCAGCCUAUCGACAUGAUGAAGAUCCAGCAGAAGUUAAAGAUGGAGGAAUAUGACGACGUGGAGCAGCUCACCGGCGACUUUCAGCUCUUGUUUAACAACGCGAGGACAUAUUACAAGUCCGACAGUCCUGAGUUCCGGGCGGCCUGCAAACUGUGGGACCUUUACCAACGUACCAAGAACGAAUUUGUUCAGCCGGGGGAGGAUGACGAGGAAGAUGAAGAUGGCUACGAUGCACAAGACAACCCCAGUGGAUCUACGGAGGAUGAGAGCACGCCGACCUGCUUGAGAGACGUCCUGGAGCAGCUCCUGGAUGCCCUGGUGACGUAUGCCGAGCCCUCGGGCCGCCUGGUCAGCGAGCUCUUCCAGAGGCUGCCCUCUAAGGCGCAAUAUCCAGAUUAUUAUGCAAUCAUCAAGGAACCCAUAGAUCUGAAACUCAUCGCCCAAAAGAUUCAGAUGGGCCACUACAGGAGCGUUACCGCCAUGGCUAAGGACGUAGAGUUACUGGUGAAAAAUGCCAAAACCUAUAAUGAGCCUGGAUCACAGGUCUUUAAGGAUGCAAACACCAUUAAAAAGGUAUUUGCACAAAAGAAGACAGACAUUGAACACGGUGAACCCAUCAAGUCCAGCACUCGUAUCAGGAAUCGAAGGUGUGCUCAGGGCGAGCGCCUCUCAGCCAUCAGCAUGGCUCUUCAGUAUGAAAGUGACGAGGACGGAAUACUUUCUGGGUCGGUUCACUACGACGAGGGCGAGUCCGAGGCCGAGAGCUUGAACUCCAACAUGGACAUGAGUAACCCCAUCUUCCAGCUCUACGAAGCUGUGCGAGGCGCGAGGAACAGCCAGGGCCUCCUGAUCUCCGAGCCUUUCCUGGAGCUGCCCCCCAGGAAGGACUGCCCCGACUACUACAAUCAGACCCCUCAGCCCAUGUGCCUCCAUCAGAUCAAGAACAAGAUGAAGAACAACGAGUACGAGAGCGUGGAGCACAUGGACUCGGAUCUGGCGCUGGUGUUAGAGAACGCCAAACGUUCCAAUGUUCCUCACUCGUCCAUCUACAAGCGUGCGCUUAAGCUGCAGCACAUUCAGCAGAUGAAGCGAAAGGAGCUUUUCCAGAGAGAUGACGACGACGGGGACAGCAUGCUCUCCUCCGCCACCUCGGACACCAGUAGCACAAAGAGAAAAAGGUACACGCUCUCACACUUGCUGCGCUCUAUGACUUCCAAAGUGGGUGACAGCUCUUGGUUGUUCAGUCACAAGAAGAAUACAAAGAAAAAUCGGAUGAAAGCCCUGGUAGCUGCUGUGACGGAAGCGCGGGAGUCGGUCACUGGCAGGCGACUGUGUGACCUCUUCAUGGUCAAGCCGUCCAAGAAGGACUACCCUGAUUACUACAAGGUCAUCCUGGAGCCCAUGGACUUGAGGACCAUCGAGCACAACAUCCGCUCUGACAAGUAUCAGACGGAGGACGCCAUGGUGGAGGACAUGAAGCUGAUGUUCCGCAACGCUCGACACUACAAUGAGGAGGGCUCGCAGGUCUUCAAUGAUGCUGACGUACUUGAGAAAAUAAUGAAAGACAGACGCAAGGAUCUCGGACCAGUGACAGAUGAGGAUGACACGGUGUCCUCCAAGAUGAAAAUAAGGAAGACAAACAUCACUCUGAAGAAGUCUAAAUAUCUGACACCCUUGCAGCAGAAGCUGAACGAGCUGUACGAGUCCGUCAAGAACUACACAGACAAGCGCGGCCGCCGCCUCAGCACCAUCUUCCUGCGGCUUCCGUCCCGUGCCGAGCUGCCGGAUUACUACAUCGCCAUCAAGAAGCCCGUGGACAUGGAGAAGAUCAAGAGCCACAUGUUGGCCAAUAAGUACCAGGAUGUGGACGCGCUGGUGGAGGACCUGGUGCUCAUGUUCAACAACGCCUGCACCUACAACGAGCCCGAGUCUCUCAUCUACCGGGAUGCUCUCAUCCUGCACCGGGUGCUGCUGGAGACCAGGCACGCCCUGGAGGGAGGCGAGGACGCCUACGUGCCGGAUGUGCCUCGCCUCAUUCAGGAGCUUAUCCGCAGCCUCUUUGUCUCCGUGCUCGGCCACCAGGAUGACGAAGGACGUUGCUACAGCGAUUCUCUUGCCGAGAUCCCCGCCGCCGACGCCGCAAACCCUGAGAAGGCUGCGCUCAAUUUUGAGGUGAUUCGUAAGAAUGUAGAUAGAGGACGCUAUAUGAGGCUGGAUGUCUUUCAGGACCACAUGUUUGAAGUGCUGGAGAAAGCCAGACAUUUAAAUAGGACGGACUCGGAGAUCUUCGAAGAUGCCGUCGAGCUGCAGCAGUUCUUCAUCAGGAUCCGGGACGAACUGUGCAAGAACGGGGAGAUUUUGAUGUCACCUGCUCUGAGCUACACCUCCAAACAUCUGCACAACGACGUGGAGAAGGAGAAGAAAGAAAAGCUCCCCAAAGAGGUUGAGGAGGACAAAAUCAAGAGGGAGGAGGAGAAGAUGGAAGCCGAGAGCAGGGAGGAAUCUGUCGGAGGGUCCUGGCAGUCGAGCUCGCAGCGCACGUACAGUCAAGACUGCAGCUUCAAGGACAGCAUGUACUGCGUUGGAGACUACGUCUACGUGGAGCCCGCCGAGCCCAACCUCCAGCCUCACAUCAUCUACAUCGAACGCCUGUGGCAAGACAACACCGGUGAGAAGUGGCUCUACGGCUGCUGGUUCUACAGGCCAAAUGAGACGUUUCAUGUCGCUACACGCAAGUUCUUGGAGAAGGAAGUUUUUAAGAGCGACUAUUACAACAAAGCCCCCCUCAGCAAGAUUUUAGGCAAAUGUGUGGUCAUGUUUGUGAAGGAAUACUUCAAACUUUACCCGGAAGGCUUCAAGGCAGAGGAUGUCUACGUCUGUGAGUCACGCUACUCCGCCAAGUCUAAGUCCUUCAAGAAGAUCAAGUUGUGGACCAUGCCCUUGAGCUCGGUUCGCUUUGUCCCGAGAGAAGUGCCUCUGCCUGUUGUUCGCGUGGCGUCCAUAUUUGCCCUGAAACAAGAAGAGAAACCAACAGAAAUUACAGAUGAAACCAAAGUGACUGAAUGUAGCAUCAUCGAUAAGGACAGGGAAGAUGUGCCAUUGGAGAUGACCAACGGGGAAGCAGGAUGCCAAUACUACGAGCAGCUCUUCUACAACAACCUGUGGCUGAAAGUGGGAGACUUCGUCUACAUUGGCUCUCACGGACUUGUGCGCCACCGAGUGGGCAGGAUUGAGAAGAUGUGGAUGCGAGACGACGCUGGAUACUUUUUCGGUCCAAUCUUCAUCCACCCGGAAGAGACGGAGCACGAGCCCACCAAAAUGUUCUACAAGAAGGAAGUUUUCCUAAGCAACCUUGAAGAGGCUUGUCCCAUGACCUGCAUCAUAGGGAAGUGUGUGGUGUCGUCCUUCAAAGACUACCUGUCCUGUCGGCCAACUGAAGUGCCUGAAGAGAAUGUUCUGCUAUGUGAGAGUCGCUACAUUGAAAGCGAGAAGCAAAUGAAACGAUUUAAAGGCCUCAAGCGCUUUUCAUCAUCCGGAAAGGUGGUGGAGGAUGAAAUCUACUAUUUUAGAAAACUCAUAGCUCCUCAGAAGGAGCCAUCGCCUCUGCUGGACAGGAAAAUUGAGGAACUGGAGGCAAAGUUUGCCGACAUGACCGACGAGGAGCUGGAGGAGCUCGGCGACGACGACAACGAGCUGGAUCAUUCCCUCCCUCGUGUGCAUUCCUCCAUGUGUAGCGACAUGGACUUAAUGAGCUACACUCCACCACAGUCAACACCCAAAUCUCUCAAGGGUCUAUCCAAGAAGGAGGGCUCCAAGCGGAAGAUCAACAUGAGCGGAUACAUCCUGUUCAGCAGCGAGAUGCGGGCCGUCAUUAAAGCCCGGCACCCGGACUUCUCCUUCGGCGAGCUGAGCCGCCUGGUAGGCACAGAGUGGAGGAACCUGGAAGGUUCCCGGAAAGCAGAGUAUGAAGAGCGAGCAGCUAAGGUGGCCGAGCAGCAGGAGCGCGACAGGACUCACUAUCAGACGUCCCCGAGAGCAGGCAUCAACGCUAUGGGGGGUGGAACCAUGGCGGGCUUGGUGGGUCCUGGGCAGCAGGCUCCCCCUCCAUACCCAGGACAAAGCCAGACGGGCCAACCCGCACUCCAGCAGCCCUCCUCUCCGUUGUUUGUAUCCCCCCCAGCUAAGUCCCAGAGGCUCCUCCACUCGGAGGCGUACCUCAGCUACAUCGAGGGCCUCACUGCGGACUCCUCCACUGUCAGCAAGUGGGACCAAACACUUUCGGCUCAAAAACAAGACGUGCGCUUGACAAAAGAGCAGGAAAGCAGACUACCAUCCCACUGGCUGAAGAGCAAGGGAGCCCACAAAACCAUGGCCGACGCACUUUGGCGCCUGCGCGACCUGAUGCUGCGAGACACGCUGAACAUUCGUUACACACACAACCUGUAGCAUGGUCGUACGUAAUAAAUCUGAGCCUCUGCUCCCGCACCUGUGAGACGGGUACGGGGUUAUGCUCGCUAAAAGUGUCCACUUUGUGUCGUUCCGAUGACAUCGUUGUGUUUGUGUUGGCAGGUGCAAUGUUUCAUUUCACAUUUAAGAUAUGCUGUUCUAAGUGCAAUAUUGUUACAGUUGCUGUUAUGUCUGCCAUGGAUGUACGACGGAGUAUUAGGGCCACAUUGAAAAAAGUAAUCAUCUGAGAUUUCGGGAAUAAAGUCGUAAGUUUAUGAGAAAAAAGUUGUACAUUUACGGGGAAAAAAAGUCGUACAUUUACGAGAAAAAAAAGUCGUACAUAUACGAGAAAAAAAGUCGUAAUAUCACCUUUGCCAAAGGCCAGAGGUCACGCAAGUCCCUCCUUUUCAUAGCUGUCUCAGGCAAUGCCUGUUACGACGGAGUAUUAAAAUAAUCUCAGAAUUUCGAGAAUAGUCGUAAAUUUGUGAGAAUAAAGUUCAAAUUUACCUGAGUAAAUCCUAAUAUUAAAAAAGUCCUAAUAUUACCUCUGCCCAAGGCCAAAGGUCACAUAAUUCUCCCUUUUCAUAGCUGUCUCAGGCAAUGCCUGUUACGACGGACUAUUAAAAUAAUGUCCGAUUUUGAGAAUAAAGUCGUACGUUUAUGGGGAAUAAAUGUUGUAAAUUUACGAGAAAAAAAGUUGUAAUUUUACCUUUGCCCAAGUCAAAGGUCACAUAAUGUUUUACUUUAUUCUCCUAAAUUCACGAGAAUCGUAAAUUUACUACAAAGUUGUACAUUUAGGAAAAAAAAAGUCGUAAAUUUACCUUUGCCCAAAGCCAAAGGUCAUAUAAGCUCCCCCUUUUCAUAGCUGUCUCAGGCAAUGCCUGUUACGACGGAGGAUUCAAAUAAUGUCAUAUUUUGAGAAUAAAGUUGUAAGUUGUAUAAGUUGAAUAAGUUGUAAGUUUAUGAGGAAAAAAAGUCGUAAUAUGACCUCUGCCCAAGGCCAGAGGUCACAUAAUUUUAAAUUUUAUUCUCGUAAAUUCACAAGAGUCGUAAAUUUACGACAAUAAAGUUGUACAUUUAGGAGAAAAAAAGUCGUAAAUUUACAAGAAAAGUCAUAUUACCUUUGCCCAAGGCCAAAGGUCACAUAAGUCCCCCCCACCUUUUCAUAGCUGUCUCAGGCAAUGCCUUUUACGACGGAGUAUUAAAAUAAUCUCCGAUGUCAUACGUUUCUGAGAAAAAACUGGUAACUUCAUGUAACAGGCAUUGCCUGAGACAGCUAUGAAAAGAGGGGACUUAGGUGACCUUUGGACUUGAGCACUUGGAGGGGGCGGGUUAAGAAAGGAGGAAGUGAGAAGGGCUAGCCAUGCUAAUCUGUUUUGCUGCCACGUUAUAAAUAAAAGCUGAAACGAGAGGAAAGUUUCCUUCCUUCCUGAAGAGCGAUGCUCUAUUUUCCCUCUGACACGAUGACACAUAAUAAUACCACUUUAUUCUCGAAAAUUUACGGCUUUAUUCUCGAGAUCUCAGAUUAUUCUUUUAUUCAGUGUGGCCCUAACACGCCGUCGUAUGGAUGCCUUCAUGCUUUCACACUUGUGAAGUCUUCAAUUUGUCUGUUUUCCUUUCAUGUUUACAUUGAAGUGUAUUAAAAAGAAUGUUGCCAGGAAAGAA